UCAUAAACCCAACAAAAAUUCGAACGUUACACACAUCCAAACCCAAACCAAACCAAACCAAACCAAACAUGUGUACCGUUGCAAUCUCAAACUCACCGGUAUUCUCCCCAUCAUCAAGAGUAACCUCUUCAAUCUUCUGCAAAUCAUCACCAGAUUCCUUGACUUUGACCCACUCCCCAUCCUCUUGUUCCUCAUCUCCCUCGUCUCCCUUCAAAUUCCGUCUUCAAAAACCCCCGCCGCCGGUCAGUGGACUUAUUAGAACUUGUAACGAUGAUGGAAUCACAACCGCUUCUUCUUGUUCUUCUAUUUCUCCUACGUUGUUGAAGAGAAAGAGACCCACUAGAUUGGAUAUUCCGAUUGGGUCGUUGACUUUUUCCGGUGACCGUUCAACGCCGGUGGCGGAGGACCGGUGGAAGGAGGUCGUGGUUGAUGAAGAUGGGUAUUCGAUUUAUUGUAAGAGAGGGAAGAGAGAGAAGAUGGAAGAUCGGUUUACGGUCAACGUCGAUUUUAACGGAGAGAAAAAACAGGCGUUCUUUGGUGUUUUUGACGGCCACGGUGGAUCACAAGCUGCGGAUUUCGCAUCAGAAAAUCUCCAAAAGAACAUUCAAAAUGAAGUAGAAAAGAGGGGUGAUACCGAAAUAGUUGAAGCAGUCAAACAAGGUUACUUAACCACGGAUUCAGAGUUUUUAAAACAAGAACAACGAGGUGGAGCGUGUUGUGUAACCGCUAUCAUCACGUCCGGUAAUCUAGUCGUAUCAAACGCGGGUGAUUGUCGUGCGGUAGUUAGUAGAGGAGGAGCCGCAGAGGCCCUCACUUCAGAUCAUCGCCCAUCGAGAUCAGACGAAAAACAACGAAUUGAAUCACUGGGUGGUUAUGUCGAUUGUAGUCGAGGCGUUUCUAGAGUUCUUGGAUCACUGGCGGUUUCAAGAGGAAUUGGCGAUCGAAGCCUAAAACAAUGGAUUACAGCCGAACCCGAAACAAAAAUGUUCAAAAUUAUGCCAGAGUUUGAGUUUUUGAUCAUGGCUUCUGAUGGAUUAUGGGAGAAAGUUAGCAAUCAAGAAGCGGUUGAUUUAGCUCGACCUUUAUGUGCGUCAACGGAUAAAUUAGAUGCAAUUUCGGCUUGCAAGAAGCUUGUUGAACUCUCGGUUUCACGAGGGUCGCUUGAUGAUACGAGUGUGAUGAUCGUUCAAUUGGGUCGUUUCUGUUGACGAGAUAUUUAAAGAUCAUCAAGAAACAUUUUUAGUAGGGUUUUUGAUGAUCCUAGUGUUUCUUUGUGAUGUUUAGUGUUCCUAGUUUGACAAUAUUUAAUUUACAAUAGAACAGCUUACUAGUUACUUCA